ACGCCUCAUGCAGUUGACACUCUCUGAGAGACGCAAAAAAAUAAUCAAUGGGAACAUUCUUGUAGCAGAAAUCCUGAACUUGUACCCGUGGAUUCAGACUUUUGAUGGCAUAAUCAAGGAGUUCCUGAGAUUAGAACCACAAGCGGAUGAACCAGACCCAAGAGUAGCAGUUUUGAAAGGGCUGGAGAAAUAUAGGCUCCCAAUAAUUGCCAUUCUCAAAAAAAGAAAAGCAGUUCCUCUGUAUAUGGAAACCUUACUUGAACUCUAUGGCCACGAUGAAAGUCAAUGCGAGUACCAGAAGAAGAACUAAGAACAGGGCAGUCUAGUGUGUAUUUGAUGGUGCACCUGUAGCUGAACCAACAUGUAUUUCUAUGGCUGUAGUCUCAUUGGUAGCAGGGCUUUAUGUUUAAUAUUGAACACCCAAAAAAUUGUGAACAUUUCCUCCGUUUCACAACAUCCCAUCUCUUAGGUAUCAAGUAUGACAAAGGUAACACUUCAAAAACAAAAUCUCUACUUGUAAAACUCAAUGAAGUAAAGACAGAAUUGAGCUACAAAAAUGCAUAAAUCUGCUUCCAAAUAUAUUCAACUCCACACAUAAUGCCUCUCUCUCUCUCUCUCUCUCUCUCUCUCUCUCUCUCUCUCUCUCUCUCUCUCUCUCUCUCUCUCUCUCUCUCUCUCUCUCUCUCUCUCUUUCUCUGUCUCUGUCACACACACACACACACACACACACACACACACACACAC